GGCUCCCGUGGGCACUGUCGCGAGCCGACGGGUUCCCGAGGCCCUCUCCUGUCCUGAUAGGGCUUUUCUCCGCGUUCCCGAGGAGCCUGGCCAGGGGGUUGGACGAACAAGUCGGUGCACCAUUUGCGCCCCCCCAAACCUCCUCUUCUGCUCUGCUGACCCCGGAGCGCACGGCCUCCAAACACUGCGCCUGCUGGCGGCCCCAACCCAGCGAGAGAACUGGACAUGAGGUUGGCCGGCCCCCUCCGCAUCGUGGCCCUGGUUGUCAUCGUGGGCCUCACCUGGAUCAUAGUCAGCGUCCUCCGAGGUGGGCCUGGCAGCGGCUUCCCUCACAUCCAGCAACUCUUCACCAGCCCAGAGGACUCAGUGACUGCAGAGCCUCGAGCCAGGAAGUACAAGUGUGGCCUGCCCCAGCCGUGUCCUGAGGAGCACCUGGCUUUCCGUGUAGUCAGCGGGGCUGCCAAUGUCAUUGGACCCAAGAUCUGCCUGGAGGACAAGAUGCUCAUGAGCAGUGUCAAGGACAACGUGGGCCGUGGACUGAACAUUGCCCUGGUGAACGGAGUCAGUGGUGAGCUCAUUGAGGCCCGGGCCUUCGACAUGUGGGCGGGAGAUGUCAACGAUCUGCUGAAGUUUAUCCGGCCACUGCAUGAAGGUACCCUGGUGUUCGUGGCAUCCUACGAUGACCCAGCCACCAAGAUGAAUGAAGAGACCAGGAAGCUUUUCAGUGAUCUGGGCAGCAAGAACAUCAAGGAUCUGGCCUUCCGGGACAGCUGGGUGUUCGUGGGGGCCAAGGGUGUGCAGAACAAGAGCCCCUUUGAGCAGCACAUGAAGAACAGCAAGCACACCAAUAAGUAUGAAGGCUGGCCCGAGGCACUGGACAUGGAAGGCUGUGUCCCGAAGAGGACCAUGGCCAGCUAGCCAGCCAAGCACAAGCAGCAGGCAAGGGAGGUGGUGGUGGCGGCAGCGGCGGCGGCAGCAUGAGGGCGGGGCUGAGGACUGACUCCAUGGCCAGCCAGAAGUGCUCUCUUGCCCCAACAUUGGGGCCCCAAGGUGGUGACCAGUGGCCAGAGUGUGGGGGCUGCAGGACCAGUCCCAUCUUGCUUUGUCAGGGGGACUCAGGUACCCAUGUCCUUUUCCUAAAGCUGCUUCCCUUUGCCAGCCCCCACCUGAUCCCCAAGCACCCCAGCCACAAGGGUCCUGGCGCUCGCCCCCUUACUGCCCAAGUCUGGCAGCAGCUCUCCAGAAGUGUGGGGCAUCUUCCAGAAUAUCUUCCUCCAGAGCCUCUCGCUGCUCUGUAGGCUAAACCUGUUUCCAGUGUGAUUCCUUUGGUGAGCCAUACCUGGCAGCUGCUUUGGGAACUUUACUGCCUCUUGCCUGCUGCCUCACUUCCUGCAGGAAGGGGCCACCUUCGAGCCAGGCCAGCUGGGGCUGUAAGGUACAGCAAGCCUGAUCGGGCCCCUAGCUCAGCAGGUGGCAGCUCCUGCGGUUUGUCAGAGGGCCUGCCUUCUAAAUGACCUCAAUAAAUUGGUGGCCCUCAA